AGAAACGCCACAGAAGUAAAAUUAGAAAUCUCCAUCCAAUAAAGUUAGGCGUCAACCCACUGGCCUGUUGAAGUCAAGACCAGAAAGCUCAACCAACUGUAGAAUCGACUUUGGAUGAUCGAAUCUCCGGAUCUCUCUAUUACCACCUGUACAAUUUCAUCACAGAAGUGGAAAAUAAAUCCAGCUAAUGGGGAACAGUGAAUCUGUGCCGGAUGAUACUCAUGACGAGUCUCCAUAUCAACCCUCUUCUUAUGCAGAUACUUGUCACCCUUCAUAUGCAGGAAGUUCGAUGGAUCCUAACUAUCACAGAAAACGUGAAAGUCACCCCUCUUCAAAUGCAAGAAGUUCAGUGGAUCCUGACCAUCAAGGAAAGCAUCAAGUCCCCUUUAUAGCUGAUAAUUACAGCUCCUUGGAUGAGGUAAUCUCUGCACUGAGAGAAGCUGGACUUGAAUCAUCAAAUCUGAUACUUGGUAUUGACUUCACAAAGAGCAAUGAGUGGACAGGCAAGCAGUCAUUUAACAGAAAAAGCCUCCAUGCGAUCGGUAACAUGCCUAACCCCUAUGAACAAGCGAUCUCUAUAAUUGGCCGCACAUUGUCUCCUUUUGAUGAAGAUAACUUGAUACCUUGUUUUGGAUUUGGUGAUGCAUCAACACACGAUCAGCACGUUUUCAGCUUUUAUCAGGAUAGAUACUGUCAUGGAUUUGAGGAAGCUCUUGCACGUUAUAGACAAAUCGUUCCAUACCUUAAGUUAUCAGGUCCUACCUCAUUUGCACCUGUAAUUGAUGCUGCAAUUGAUAUUGUGGAGAAAAACAAUGGCCAAUAUCAUGUGCUCGUCAUCAUUGCAGAUGGACAGGUUACAAGUCUUGAUACACCACCUGGAAGAUUUAGUCCUCAAGAACAAGCCACUGUCAAUUCCAUAGUUACUGCAAGUCAAUAUCCUCUUUCAAUCAUAUUGGUUGGUGUUGGAGACGGACCAUGGGAUGCUAUGAAACAAUUUGAUGAUAACAUUCCUCAACGUGCAUUUGACAAUUUUCAGUUCGUGAAUUUCACAAAAAUCAUGUCUGAGAAUGCUGAUGUGUCGAAAAAGGAAGCAGCUUUUGCUCUUGCUGCUCUAAUGGAAAUUCCACUACAGUACAGAGCUGCCCUAAGCCGGCAGUACUUUGAAAAUGUAGGAGCUCGAUGGGAAAAGCCUCUUCCUCCUCCGCGUGAAGUUAUAGACCACGAUAAUGCGGUUAAAGCAAUUCCACACAUGAGCAACUUUGAGUCAGAUGAUCAAACACCAGUAGAACAGGCCUGCCCCAUUUGCUUGACAAACUCCAAGGAUAUGGCUUUUGGAUGUGGUCAUCUGACUUGCAAGGAUUGUGGUGUUACCAUUUCGCAAUGCCCCAUGUGCCGGAAGCCCAUUACAACUCGUCUUAGACUGUAUUCAUGAUCUAUAGAUUUAUGGUGGGAAACAAUGUUGCCCUUGCGUUUAUGUACAUUGUGUUUAAUUUGCUGUUUGUAAGUCAUAUUUCUUGUUGUAAUUCAAGGUUGGCUGUAUAGAAUCACAAUGGAACAAGAAUUUGAUAGUGCACUUGUUUGGAAUUUUUCCAAUGCCUUGUUUGAAAGUAAUUUGGAGUUAUUGCCA